UCCACGCCUUCCAGAACCUUCCAUUCCCCAAAUGGCCGUCUCUCUCCUCCCCGCUCCCCGCCGCUCCUCGCUCCCUCGCCGCCGCUCCAGCCGCCGAGAGGAGAGUUCGGUCCCGUCACGGCAGACGCUCCACCGCAAUCUUCUCCAGUAGGGCCCGCGAACAGAGGUACGGCGAGGAGGGUUUUGGUGUGGUCGCUUGGUUGGGAGGGUUCUUGGGGUUUGGGUGUAUGGACCCAAUGCCGAGUCUGGUCAAGGUGGAGGAGGAGGAUGGCCAUGGGACAGGCGAUUCGCCGGGGGCCACGGCGGCACCGAGGCCGCUGGAGGGGCUGCGCGAUGCCAAGCCGUCGCUUUUCCUGACAAAGACGUACGACAUGGUCGAUGACCGGAGCACCGACAACGUCGUGUCGUGGAGCGCUGGCAACAACAGCCUCGUCGUCUGGGAUCUGCACCGCUUCUCCGCAGUGCUGCUGCCGAGGCACUUCAAGCACAGCAACUUCUCCACCUUUGUCAGGCAGCUCAACACCUAUGGUUUCAGAAAGGUGGAUCCUGAUCGAUGGGAGUUUGCCAAUGAGGGUUUUCUACGGGGACAGAGGCACCUUCUGAAGAACAUCAGACGUCGAAGACCUCCCGCUAAUACUGCUCCAAAUCAGCAAUCUCUUGGAUCAUACCUUGAGGUGGGACACUUUGGAAAUCAUACAGAUACCGACCAGCUGAAAAGGGACAAGCAACUAUUGAUGGCAGAAGUGGUGAAGCUAAGGCAGGAACAGCAGAGCAUGAAAACGCACCUGAAAGGCAUGGAGGAGAGGCUACAUGGAACCGAGCGGAAGCAGCAGCAAAUGACAGCAUUCCUGGCACGUGUCUUCCGGAACCCUGAAUUAUUGAAGCAACUGGUUUCCCUGAAUGGGGUGAGGAAGGAGCUCCAUGACGCUAUGUCAAAGAAAAGGAGGCGUAGCAUCGAUCAGGGUCCUGAAGCUGAUGACAUGGGUGCCAGUGGCAGCCUGGAGCAAGACUCACCUGUUCUGUCUGAUCCACAUGAGUCAGUGGAGCUUCUUGGAGAGGUGUCGGUGGAACUCCUUGCUGACGGCGUCCCAUCUGAGCUGGAAAGUUCGGUGGCACUCCUUGCUGAUGGGAUCCCACCUGACCUGGAAGGUGCGGCGGAACUCCUUGUUGAUGUGAUUCCAUCUGAUAUCAACGACUCAGGCGUUGACACUAACGGUGUAAAGCCACAGGAUUUUGGUCUCGGUACCUGUGAAGUGCAGCAGAACGGAGCCCAGGGGGUGUUGCAUGAUGAUUUCUGGGAGGAGCUGAUGAGCAGAGCACUCAGCGCUGAGGAUGACAACCCGGUUAACGUGGACGGCAUGGAUGUGAUGUCCGAGAAGACGGAUCAUCUCGUCCCAAACAGCCCGACCCGCGCAACCUAGUUCCAAAUUUCAUUCUGUUAUAUCGCUGUGGCUUCUGUCGUGUUUCAUCCGCCCACCCUGCAGUCUGCACGCAAGGAAUUCUGCUGUGUCCAUGGUGAUUCCCCUUCGUGUCUGUCUUCUAAACUCUGCAACGGGAAAUGUUUCCAUGAAACCGUCGUAGCCCUCCAUA